CCAAUUUCAUCUCACUUCUAUGAAACCGGCCCUCUCUCUCUCGUUUAUCCGUGCUUGCUCUGCUUAGUUUUGCUUGCUAUGCUUGCCUGUCAUCGCCGACAACCGCCAAAUCCCUCGGCAAUUCAAAGGCCUCCCUGUCUGUCUCUUUAUCAAUCUAUCUACUAUCCAUCUGCUUCCUUCCCUCUUUGUUUAAUUUGCCCCGGCCCCCUCUUCUCCAGUUACAAUACGUUAUUCCUGUCGCCUUACCUCGUCAGAUGUUGGAGAUGUUGAAGUUGGAGAUGUCACAGCAGAGGUGGUCUAGCCAACUGACUAGUGGGACGGUGUAUUGUUGUGGAAAAAUGGUUAGAAAUCUGGGCUGGAUUUCACACUGACUGAGCGUAUGGCAUGAGUUGUGCUAUGUUGAAUAAUGUCUCUUCAUGCCGUGUCACUCUUAAAGAUGAUACAAAGCUCUAUUAACUAGUACCGAAAGGUUAUUAGCUUCUUUGGAUUCUAUAUGGAGUUCAUUGAGCUACUUGCUGCUAGGAAAUUACAGCAAAGUCGAGGAUGUACUAGGGGUGGCAUUGAGCUUCCUCUGAGGGGUGUAGUGCUGAUAAUUUAACAGUCAGUGUGGACCUUAUUUGAAUGACGUUUUGGCCCAAUAUUGGAUUCAGAGGAUACGAGCCUUCCAGUUGUUGCAGCUGUAUGUGUCUGUUGAGUGUGCCCUGCACCUUGUCUUAAGCAUUUCGCAGUGGACGUCCUUAAAUUUUGAUCUCUUGGUCUUUAAACAUUACUCUCAAAUGUCAGAAGUUGACAUGGCAGUCAUCAAACCUGAGAUGAUGAAGUCAUAUAUCUGGCUUCAAACUGCUGAUGGUUCGAUUCAACAAGUUGAACAAGAGGUUGCCAUGUUUUGUCCUAUGAUAUGCCAUGAAAUAAUGCAGAAGGGCCUGGGAUCAUCAAAGAACUAUGCCAUAUCUCUUCCACAACGCGUCAGUCCUGCCAUGUUGAGUCUGAUUCUUGACUACUGUAGGUUUCAUCAAGUACCAGGUCGUUCAAAUAAGGAACGGAAAUGUUUUGAUGAAAAGUUCAUUCGAAUGGAUACGAAAAGGCUUUGUGAGUUGACAUCAGCUGCUGAUAGCCUCCAGCUUAAGCCUUUGGUUGAUCUAACUAGCCGAGCGUUGGCACGGAUUAUUGAAGGGAAAACACCGGAGGAGAUACGUGAGAUAUUUCAUUUGCCAGAUGAUCUGACAGAGGAAGAGAAGUUGGAGCCUUUGAAAAACACAACUGAUGAUCCCCGGAUUCGACUUUUGAAUAGAUUAUAUGCAAAGAAGAGGAAAGAGCUAAAAGAAAGGCAGAAAAAAAAGAGUGUCGAGGUGGAAGAUGGGUGUGUGGACGAGCGAUCAGUUGAUGACCUCUUGUCAUUUAUUAAUGGAGAAAAUGCAGAUUCCAAGGGAGUUCGAACUUCAAAAAACAAAAAGAAAAACCGUCGGAGAAGGGAUCCUCAAAAGCGCACUUCCAUUGAUCAAGUUGCUGAAUCACAUAAAAAGGAUUCAAAUGGGUUGGGUUGUUUAGGCCACACCACUGGGGGUGAUAAUGAAUCACAUUCUACACUAAGCGAAACAUCAAAAUUGCAAGAUAUAGAAGAUGACAUUUUCGAUCAUAAAGUGGAGCUUGAUGACGUUGAUAUUGAUGAUGAAAUUGAUCCCGCAUUAAAGGAGGAAAUUGAUAGGGAGGUGGAAGAUUUUGCAAGGAGAUUAAAUUCAGACUGGCCUGAAAGGAUGCAGGAGCUUCUGUCUUUGGGUCAAGAUAGGAGCCCUGUUCACUUUUCCAGUAAUGGCAACGGUAGCUUGAGAAAAAACCGAAGAGAUUUGAUGGUUGAGAAGUGAAGUAACUGAAAGUAUGUUAUCGGGUGGAGAUAAGCAGAUGAAGAGCAGAAAUGAGAUUCAAUGGUAACUGCUGCUGCUGUUGCUUACUCAGUCAGGCAAAUGACUGUACCAAUUUUGACGAAAGAAAGAAAGAAAGACGGUGCGGGUUAAAUGUGGAUUUACCAACGGCGCCGCGAAGUCCUGGUUAUUUGUCAUAGCUGAAAAUGCGGGCUGGAGCUGGGUGGGAUCCCUGUGCAAGCAAAUUCUUGAGAGGGUCAGAAUUCCAGAAGGUGGUGAUGAUUUUUUUGUUCUUUUUUCUUUUAUUUCUCUGGUGAAGGAAAGAUGAACAAGAGGAAGAAGUGGAAAGAAGAGAAGAAUUUGGGUUUGUGCUUAAUUUUUGACCGUUGGGGCAGAUUAAAAGAAAGAAAAACAACUCGGACUUUUCACGGAAAGCCAUAAAAGAGAGGGGGGGACAGAGAGAUAAUAUGAUUAUUUUGGGUUUAUUUGUUUCUCCUUGAGAAGGGAAAGAACAACUUUCAGAUGACUUCGUACAGUACAAGGGUAGAUAGAUUAGAGUCUCUUUCAUGUGCUUUUUUUCUUCUUCUUUCUUUUGAUUUGAAUUUUUGAGCAUUACUAUUCGUCGCCUUAAAUAUUUGAAUUUAUCGACCUAAAACAUAUAAAAUUACAAAUU